AUGAGCGAGGCGGCAGGCGACGCCCUGAAGCUGCGGCUCAAGCUCAAGCUGCCGCGCUCCAUGUCCGUGUCCUCGGCGACCGAGGAGGCUCAGAAGAAGCUGCUGAUCGGUGCGCGGGGCGGCGCCGCCGUCAAGGAGCUGCUGAGUACAGCACCCAACAUCGAGGUGGCCAUCCGCGACUUCCAGGCGGCCCACGGCGUCGCGGAAGCCCACGCGCAGCUAUUUGUGCGCAAGAAGGAGAAGAGGAAGGAGAAACCAACGACCUUCGCUCCUGCUGUGCAGCUGCUGGAUCUGCUGCAGGUGCCUCGCUCCAGUGUGUACCAGUCGCUGCUGGAGCAGAUGAAGAAAGAGAUGCUGCUACGUAUUGCCGAUUUGCCUCAGAGCGAGCUGCCCCGCGUGCUGGAGCAGACGUUCCCAUACAUUGAAUUCCGAGAGCUCCGAGCGAUUCCGAUUGCGGUGCUGGCGAGACAGGAGGACACACCCGAGCUGUACCUGCGCGAGCUGACGGAGAACCGGCGUAUCCUGUCCGAAUUGCCCGUGCACGUCAGGAGAAAAAUCUUGCAGGUGGACAGAAGAGAGCUGCAGCUCCUGGUGGAGGAGUGCACGCGCGAAUACGUGGCUGACCAGCUCGAGUGGUAUCUCAACCAUCCGACGUCGGGGUCAGCGACGACCCAUCGGUCGUUAUCGAGGAGAAACAGCAAUAAUAGUAUGCGAACGGGAAACCAGAACAGGAAACGCAGCUUGGAUGAAUCGGCCGGCGGGAGUCUGUGGAAUGUCUCGAGUCACGUUCCGUCUUCUGCGGAUGCUGCUGGCUCGUCAGCAUCAGCGUCUGGAUUUAGCAGUGAACGGAGACCGUCGUAUUCACCCGAUGAACGUCGUAGGGAUAACCCUGCGCUGGUGAAGCUGGUGGAGAUGCUUGGCGACUCAGAGCCAUUGUAUUUGGCAACUUUGGAGAUCUGGCGGAAUUACAUUGUGACUGCGAACAUUCCCGGUAGCGCUACAAAUAACCACCCUAAAGAGUAUGUGGACUAUGUAUCCCUGCUGGGUGCGAUGCGCAGUGACCUUGCUAACCUUCAGCGUGACAAGACAACGCCACUCCUUCGGACGGACCCACUGCACAAGUUUAUCUGGUUUUUGGAUCGCGCGUUGAAGAACCAGACGCUCGAAAUCACUCAGCUCCACGAACUGCUAGGCUUCAUUGGCCGACUACGUACAGCGGACCUUCCGCCGAACAAGAAGUUUCGCAAGAAAGGUGGUGCAGAAGAAGAAGAGGAGAAUUUUGAAGUGGUGUUGGGGCCGCCUCCUGUGGACGAGCUGCUUGCUGUAUUGGACAAGAUUGCAAAGAUCGAUGCUCGCUUAAUUUUUGCGGAACCAGUGCCAGAUGACGUGCCCAAGUAUCGAGAAAUCAUCAAGGAUCCAAUGGACCUAUCAACGAUGCGAAAGAAAGCGAAGCGGGGCAAGUACAAAACCCUCGAUUCCUUUGUGGCGGACUUCAACCUCAUGAUUCGGAAUUGCAUGACGUUUAACCCGGACACGACUAUCUUCUACAAAGAGGGAAAGCGCAUCGGGAAGCGUGGCAAUGAGCUGAUUGAGCGACAUGCUACGUCGUUGCGCGGUGAACCCCAGCGUAUUCGCACGAAAAAACGCCGCAAGACUGCAACUGGUCCCACCAGCGAAGCACUCAGCAUGCUUACGAGCUCGGGCGUCGUGACAAUCAAGGAUUUCGGAGAUGUGGACCAGUCAGGAAUGAUCCCGGAGGGCAUGUGCAACGAAAUGCUGGCGGAUGUAGCGCUGAUUUUGUCGGACCCGCUCGUGAAGCAGCUUAUUUGUGACGCUCUUAUGAAAAACCUGGUGCUGUGCUGGCAAAAGAGAGAGCUUCCCACGGACAAUCUUAUCUGCCGCGCACUCGUACAGCUUCUUCAAAUUGGAAACCCCUCCAGCGUGCGCCGCAUGAUUCGGAAGCAGGACUUCGUGCUGCGCGCUCCGCAGGUGGUUACGAUGCGCGUUGUAUUACCGCUUCUCUUGCGUACGAUGGUCGGUUUCCGUGUGUAUUACGCAUUCCCGGCGGGGCUGCAGCGCGACUUGAAGACAAAGGCGAAGGAGGACGUCCUUGGGGCCAUGCUCUGGGACAACGUCUUGCGUGCGAGCUCGGCGAUUCGUGCCAUGGCUAAGUCAUUUGUUGUGCAGUGUCUAGUCGACAACCAGAUCGAUGCGGGGGCCCAGCUGCUUCAUCACUUGGUAUCAGCUGAGGACGAAUCGCUUCUACGUGAUCGCGUACUUCUCCAUGCAGUGGCAGAAGUAUUACUCGAGCAGGUGAAGGCGGUGGCAGCUAGUAGCAACAGCUCCAACAGUAACGAUGGUGGAUCGAACUCUGCAGAAAAUGGCGAGGUGACGAUGACGCUAAGCGAGCAGCUGCAAGCACUGGCAGCGUGGAAGCAGAUUUUCGACAAGUUUUUCGUGGAAGUUUUGUCAAAUCGCAUCCUAGCUGCUAAGAAGGUGACAGGGUCGGUCGUGCAUUUCGCCGAUGGUGAAAUCGAUGCUGCCGAGGAAGAGAACGAGGGGGAAACAUCCUCAAAGAAGCUCAAACGACAGCAUGUGGUAAAUAGCUUCCCGAUUCAAGUUUUCCAUGAGAAGACAGCAAUGGUGCUGUCGUCGCUGUUCGCUAUGGUUGAGAAGGGAGGUGCUGGAGCUGGUGUUGACGCAAUGCUCUCCUCAUAUCUCAGAAAAACUCUAGGUGUGUUGCGCGAGUGCUGCUCUUCAUUUGAGAUAUUUGAAGCGCUUUGGAAUAGUCCGGUAUUUGCCGGUUGUCGGCUAUUCUACGAGCCCCUGCUGUCCAAGUGCCCCGUCGUUCAAAAAGAGUUGUUCGUUGUACUGCCAUCCGACGUCAAGGCUGAAGCUAUCGAUGAACAGAAGAAGGUUGCCGCUGACGUCAAGGUAAAGGCUGUCUCAAGCGUCAAGCUGGAAGCUGAAACGAGCGUCGGUAAAGCUGAUGACGCUGAUAUGGCUGCGAAGUCGGAGAAUGUUAAAACUGAAGACAGAAACGCGAGUGCACACGACGAGACCGCAGACGGUAGAUCAAGUGUACAGGAGGAAAGCAAUGGCGCUAGUGACAAAGCUGGCCCUGCUGAAACAGAUCCCAAGUCGGUAUCAACAGAGGUCGAGGCGAACGAAGAGAGCAACGAUACCGACGUCAAGAUGGAGGAUGUUGAAGAGGAAGCUAAGCCCUGUGCUAGUGGUUCAGAACAUUGCACCAGCGAGGCUGCACCGGAGCCGUUGGGUGAAGUCUCCCCGGAUGUCACGACUGAGACCAACGCAAGCAGCGAGGCCACGGCUGAAGUCUCAAAGAAAGAAAGCGAGGCCGUGAGAUCAGAGAAUGUGACUGAUGAGGAUGUGAAUAGCAAAGAGGCACUCAAGGUGGAGUCUACAGAGGAGCCAAAAGAAGACGUCGUUGAACCACACGCACGGUCGACGGAGGAAAAGACGAAAGCGGAGUCGUAG